AUGGGUCCCUGUAGGGCCCCCCAAAUGCUGCUGUCCCAUCGCCACACUCUGCCAUGUGCCACUUUCAGGUCUCCUCACACUCCGCUGGUUUCCAUUUUGUCCAAGGUUGCUUUAUGGCCUCCCAUUGCUGCUGCCACCACCGCCACACUGUGUCUCCAAACACUGGUUUUUGAGGCCCCGUGACCUGGCCAAAUGAGUGAAGUUUUGCGGUGAUUCAAAAUCGACGCACUCAUCUGCAUGUCAUACUGGACUUGACAGUAUUAUUUCUCUUCCCCAGCAGACUCCAAGGGCAUUUAAAUUAAAGGGUACAGUGUUUCCUGCACUAAUAUUA